CAGAAAAACACAUAGCGUGUGCGUGACAACCGAGAUUUGUGAAGCGGUGCCCACCUGAUUUGACAAGUCGGGCUAGGGUUUUCAGUUAGGUUCAAAGUGGAAGAAUAAGCACAAUGAUGUCUCCAGUGAGGGACGUGAUGUCCGCGAGUGUCACUGUCAUCAGAGUUCGUCGUCAAGACGCACUUUUGCUUGGUCCACAUCUUCCCACGCGUAGUAGCCGCAUCACAUCCAUUUUUGUGGAACCACCAUCCUAGAGACCACCAUAGGCCGGACCCAAAAAACCUCUAGAUUAUACCUAUGAGCCCAUCCAUCUCCUUCCAUCAACUCACCCACCUUACGGUCGAGAAGAACGGCAUCGUCCGUGAGCACCGCCUACAAAGGCGAAUAUGACAAUUCGCCAAUCGCUAGACAAGGGCGCCGCCCUGGCUACCGUGCCAUCGUCGUCGUCGGUAAGCCACCACAGUGGGAGGAUGAUGAGAGCCCCACCGAUGUCAUCCACCAUAAGUCCAAAGACCAGGUAGAGCUUGUGUUGUCACCAUUUACCACGAGGCUUCGGGAGGUGGCUAGGGUUGAAAGAAGGAGUAGAGGCGACCAGCACUUAUCGGUUACACCGAAUCAAUUCGAAAGUCUAUUGAAGAUUCACUUUGGAAGUUUAUUAGAACCAUUUGAGUUUUUUCUUGUAACUAGAAUAGUUUAUGGAUCAUUUGAAUUUCAAAGAUUUUCGUAAUCAUGACAGCGUUGCAUAGCGUGUGAGAAGAGAAAAUGGAAAGGUCAGGCGAACGGUUGGGAUGUCCACGUGGCCGAAGAGAGUGUGCAUACCCACCUUCAUAGACGUGCAGGUGCAGAAUCGUCCCGAAAGACAACCAAAUCUUUCUAGAUAAAACGCCAAAUUAUAUCAUAAUAUAUAGACCACGAGCAUAUUUCCUUGGACUGGCAACAAAAAAGAACCCACUGUCGAGUCGCGACUCAGCUACGGGGAGGAGACUUGACACAGCUGCGGCAAGCUGGCGCGUCGCAACUGCCACAGCCUUCCCGUCAACUGUCACGGUGCCGUACGUCCUGCACUGCCCACCCAACCGGCCAACCCCCUCACCCGAACCCCGCCAAGCCGGCUUAUAACCAGGAGGCAGGCAACCAACCGCGCAUAAACCGGCCUCGCUCGAGCCAACCAGAGAAGAAACUGGCCAUGCCUCCCCUCUGCCGCCCCCGCCACGGCCAUGUCAUCGUCCUGCUCGUCGUCCUCCUCGCCGGCGCUUCCCAUGGCGAUCCAGCCGACCGCCCGACGUGCCAGCUCGAGCCGCUCACCUGCGGCGAUCUCACUGUCCAGUACCCCUUCCAUCUUUACAACGGGACAGAGGAGGCAGUGCCGGCGUACGGCGAGCCGCAGUCGUCGUACUGCGGCUACGCCGGCCUGGCCAUCCUCUGCGACGACGACAAGCCCACCCUCCUCCUCGGGGGCCACGACUACACGGUGUCGGGCAUCAACUACACCAGCCUCACCGUCUCCCUCGCCGACGCCGAUGCGCUCGGCGACGACACCUGCCCCAUGGUCGAUCACAACGUGACCGUCCCGAAGCAGUUCCAUCUGCCCACCUCCACCGUCGCCUACCUCUUCUUCUUCCUCAACUGCACCUUCCCGCCGGAAGCUGAUUUCCCUCCCAAUCCCAAGCCAUUGCGCAAGCCGCCGAGCAUCAAGCCGGUCACCUGCAGAACAACCAAAGAAGAGCCUGCCGCCAUGUCCUUCGUGCUGCCGGAGCGCGAGAUCCCCCCCAAGGACUGGUGGCAGGCGUGCCGGUCAGUCUACGCAGCCCCGGUGCUCAAGGACGCCCUCCCGGCCGACGCGAAGGACCCCGGAUGGAGGGAGGACGGGUACGCGAAGGCUCUCCGCGGCGGGUUCCAGGUGGGCUGGGACCGGAGCUCCGGCCCGUGCGGCCAGUGCGAGCAAUCCGGCGGCAAGUGCGGCUACAACCGCGCCGCCGGGUUCCUGGGCUGCUUCUGCGCCAAUGGCGGCCUGGUGGUGGGCAACGCCGCCGGCUGCAGCAAGAUAUCCGACACCACCGCGCCAUUGCCCGAAUCGAAGAGGAAAUAUAAGAUGAUCAUAGCAGGUUCAGUGGCCGGUGCCGCAGUCUUUAUUGCUCUUGCCGCUGUAGCCGUCUUGUUCAUUCGCAAGAGAAGGCAGAGGAAGGUCGUGAACUCGUCUUCGAAGCUCCUCAAGUACAGGUACAGCGGCUCCGGCGGGACCCCGACGCGCUCCAGGGGCGGCGACAUGGAGUCCGGCAGCUCCCAGGACAUGGGCAACCGGUUCAGCUACGAGGAGCUCGAGGAGGCCACCGAUUCCUUCAACGAGAACAGAGAGCUCGGCGACGGCGGCUUCGGCACCGUCUACAAAGGUUACCUUGGGGACGGGCGGGUGGUGGCGGUGAAGCGGCUGUACAACAACAGCUACCGGCGCGUGGAGCAGUUCGUGAACGAGGCGGCGAUCCUGGCCCGGCUGCGGCACCCGAACCUGGUCAUGUUCUACGGGUGCACCUCCAAGGAGAGCCGUGAGCUGCUCCUGGUCUACGAGUUCGUCCAGAACGGCACGGUGGCCGACCACCUGCACGGGCCCCGCGCGGCGGAGCGCGCCCUGCCGUGGCCGCUCCGCCUCAGCAUCGCCGUGGAGUCCGCGGCGGCGCUGACCUACCUCCACGCCAUCGAGCCGCCCAUCGUGCACCGCGACGUCAAGACCAACAACAUCCUCCUCGACACCGACUUCCACGUCAAGGUCGCCGACUUCGGCCUCUCCCGCCUCUUCCCGCUCGACGCCACGCAUGUCUCCACCGCCCCCCAGGGCACCCCAGGGUACGUGGACCCGGAGUACCACCAGUGCUACCAGCUGACGGACAAGAGCGACGUGUACAGCUUCGGCGUGGUGCUGGUGGAGCUCAUCUCGUCCAAGCCCGCCGUGGACAUCACCCGGCAGAGGAACGAGAUCAACCUGGCCGGCAUGGCCAUCAGCAAGAUCCAGAAGUGCCGGCUGGAGGAGCUGGUGGACGUGGAGCUCGGCUACGAGUCGGACCCGGCGGCGAGGAAGAUGAUGACCAUGGUGGCGGAGCUGGCGUUCCGGUGCCUGCAGCAGAACGGCGAGAUGCGCCCGCCGAUCAGGGAGGUGCUGGACGUGCUCAGGGCCAUCCAGGACGAAUGCCUGGGUCACAAAGACGGUGGAGGCAAAGGCAAGAAGGACUUUGCCGAGCCCUUCUCCCCCAACACGGUGCACGCUCCCUGGGACAGCACGACCACCACCCCUAACACCAGCCAGUAGUAGUAGUAUUAGGUCAGUGUUUGCGACCGGCCGAGUUUUACUUCAUCACUGUUGAGAGAUUUGCUUGCCGUGUAUGAGGAGCGAUCCGACGAUUCUUUUUUGUCCCUUUCAGGUGAUGUAAAUAUGUGAUUGGUUUUUUAAACUGCCACAGUAGAGACAGUACUGUACAUAUUGCAUACGUACAUUGGAGUGGUGUGCUGAACUGGUUAUAUGAUACAUAUGAUUACAUAGGUUUUUACCA